AUGGAAACAGGAAAGGGAAAGCCAGCAACGGGGCUAGCUACACGUCAUUCCCUGGUGCACUACCUGCAGGACUGCCAGGUGGGUUUAAAGGGACACAGGGCACAAAGGGGUUUUGAAAGCCAGCUGAGCAGCCUUGCAGCACGGAGUCUGCCCCACAUGCUGAGGGAGCACCAACUGGACCUGGGAACCCUGGACAAAGUGUUUGCCUCACAAUGGCUGAAUAGCAGGGAGGUUGUGUGUGGCACCAGUUGCAACAAGCUCUUCAGGCUGGAUGUACACUCGGGUCAGAUCACACACUGCCCCCUGAUGGUGGACAGAGAGCCUGCACCAGCCUUUGACCUGCCUGACUGUGGCAUCCACGCCAUUGAGCUGAAUCCCUCCAAGACACUUCUGGCCACAGGGGGCAAGAACCCCAGUAGCCUGGCCGUGUACCAGCUGCCGACCAUGGACCCUGUGUGCCUGGGUGACAUCGAAGGCCACGAGGAUGGGAUCAGUGCUAUUGCCUGGGUGAGUGACAAUGUGGUGGCGAGCAGCUCCUAUGAUGGCACCCUGGCUUUAUGGAGGUUGGACCCUGACCUUUUCUAUGAUACCAUUGUUCGGAACAAUAACAGGAGCAUUCAAAUCUAUGGCCACACCUGCGCAGCAAAUGUGGUAGAUAUAUUCACACACAGCCCUUUUUCCGGUGACCACAUCCUUGCCCUAGCCUUCAACAGCAGGAAACAGGAGCUGGGAUCAUUUUCCGUGGAUGGCUACUUCCACCUCUGGAAACCUCAGAGCAACCUGUCCAGGUUGUUCUCCUUCAAAUUUCCCUACGUUGGAGACGAAGCAUUCAUGACCUACUGUGAUGAGUUCUCCCUGUAUGCUGUGGCUUCCAGUACCUAUGUCUCUUUCCUGGAUCCGCGUAAGUCAGGGAAUAACUUACAGCUGCUGGACUGUAACAGGAUUGGCGACAGUGUGUGCUCAUUGAGCUUCUACCAGGACAUUAUCACGUUUGGAACGUUCCAUGGCUCCCUGGUCUUCUAUGACAUCCGUGCCCAGAAGUUCCUAGAGUACAGCAAUGUGGUCAGCCAGGACUCUUCUACAGGGACUGGGAGAAUACUCAAGCUCACCUGUAGCAGGGGCUGGAUCAAUCAGGUUACCCACAGGGCAUACCGGAAUCUACGUUUGACCCAACUGCCAAUGUCCCUGUAUACCCACUGCUACAACUGGCCAGAGAUGAAGCUCUUUGUGGCUGGGGGACCUCACAUUUCUAAACUCCAUGGAAACUAUGCUGGCCUGUGGAGCUGA